GCGGGCAGCCAAGAUGGCGGCGUCGCGGGGCCGGUGAGGGGCGGGCGAUGCCGGCGGGACGGGACUCGCCGCCGCGGCUCUGAGCGCAUCAAACCCCUCCGGCCGCCGCGAGCCUUCCCGGCGGGGCCGCCGCUGGCGAUGACCGGGGAGAAGCUGCGCUCGCUGCGCAGGGACCACAAGCCCAGCAAGGAAGACGGGGACCUCCUGGCGCCCGGCGAGGAGGAGGCGGCCGCCGCGCCCGGGGGCAUCUUCACGGGCGGGCGCGGGAGCGGCGGCAAGGGCGGCCGGGCCGGCGGGCACCGCAUCUUCAGCAACCACCACCACCGGCUGAAAGGGAGCCCCGCGGCCGGCGGGACGGGGCCGCCCGCCGAGCCCGACAGGUGCCCCGCGCACUUCCCCGUGCACGAGUGCGUGUUCAAGGGAGACGUGCGGCGGCUCUCGGCGCUCAUCCGCACGCAGGGCAUCGGCCAGAAGGACAGUCACGGAAACACUCCCUUGCAUCUUGCUGUUAUGUUGGGACAUAAAGAAUGUGCCCACUUGCUUUUAGCCCAUAAUGCUCCAGUAAAGGUGAAAAAUGCUCAGGGAUGGAGCCCUCUUGCAGAAGCCAUCAGCUAUGGAGACAGACAAAUGAUUACAGCACUCCUGAGGAAGCUUAAGCAGCAGUCCAGGGAAAGUGUUGAAGAAAAGCGACCUCGAUUAUUAAAAGCCCUGAAAGAGCUAGGUGACUUCUAUCUAGAGCUUCACUGGGAUUUUCAAAGUUGGGUGCCUUUACUUUCCCGAAUUCUGCCUUCUGAUGCAUGUAAAAUACACAAACAAGGUAUAAAUAUCAGGCUGGACACUACUCUCAUAGACUUUACCGACAUGAAGUGCCAACGAGGGGAUUUGAGCUUCAUUUUUAAUGGUGAUGCUGCACCCUCUGAAUCUUUUGUAGUUUUAGACAAUGAACAAAAAGUUUACCAGCGAAUACAUCAUGAGGAAUCUGAGAUGGAAACAGAAGAAGAGGUUGACAUUUUGAUGAGCAGUGAUAUUUACUCAGCAACGUUAUCAACCAAAUCAAUUACCUUCACACGUGCCCAAACUGGAUGGCUUUUUCGGGAAGACAAAACAGAAAGAGUAGGAAACUUUUUGGCAGAUUUCUACUUGGUUAAUGGACUUGUAUUAGAGUCAAGGAAAAGAAGAGAACACCUCAGCGAGGAGGAUAUUCUUCGAAAUAAAGCUAUCAUGGAAAGCCUGAGUAAAGGUGGCAACUUAAUGGAGCAAAAUUUUGAGCCUGUCAGACGGCAGUCUCUCACUCCGCCGUCACCCAAUACAAUCACGUGGGAAGAGUACAUAUCUGCUGAGAAUGGAAAAGCUCCUCACUUGGGUAGAGAGCUGGUCUGCAAAGAAAGCAAGAAAACCUUUAAAGCCACGAUAGCUAUGAGCCAGGAAUUUCCCUUAGGAAUCGAAUCAUUGUUGAAUGUUUUAGAAGUAAUUGCACCCUUCAAGCACUUUAACAAACUUAGAGAAUUUGUUCAAAUGAAGCUUCCACCAGGCUUUCCUGUAAAAUUAGUGUUUUGCCCCCUGUCUAGAUAUUCCUGUAUUUCCCACCAUCACAGCCACUGUGACUUUUCAGGAGUUCCGUUACGAUGAGUUUGAUGAAUCCAUCUUCACUAUUCCUGAUGACUACAAGGAGGACCCCAGCCGCUUUCCUGAUCUCUAACUAAACUGGAAGGUGAAUGGUGAAUAACAAUACCAGCGUACCACAAUGAAAGCAAAAGGAUGCCUGUAGCCCACAGGUAUAGGUAGAAAAGUGGGUCCUAAAGGAAGGGACAAACUCCAUAAUCCAGAAGAAAAGGGAAUGUGCAUCGAAUGACUGAUGUGCUGAUACUCACUGUAAUGGGCAUCUAAUCUAGUCCCCAAUUUACAGCAUCUCCUGCUGUGUCCUUCACACUUUUAUACAUCCAGUACUGCAAGCGUGGUAGUCUGGCACCUCGGUGACCCUGCGAAUGCCCAACACCUGUGAGGAAUAUCAUUCCUUUUUAAAUUUUUUUACAUUUCUUGGUGAUACAAAAAGCACUCUUGGACCAUUAGCAUCAAAGUUGAAAUGUCUUAGCUGGAUAUUUGCCCUAUAAGACAUCCCACCCUACGUAAAAUGACCAUAUUAUAUUCUUUCAAGCUUUGUUUUCACAAAUUGUAAACUAUGUAUCAUUAUGUAUAGAUGAGUAACUUGAAUGUUAGCUGAAGGUGUAUUAGAAGGAAUGCGUUUUCUGUAGAUGAAUGAACCAAAUGGUAACCAUUAAACAACUGCAUUUUCAUACUGCAAUACACUUCAGAAACAGCGUUUGCUCUGCAGGGAAUGAGGUACCUCCUCUAGCACCUUAGUGCGGUCCAUUGUGGUGCUAUCAGUCUCUCUGAACUAUUAGUUCCUUCACCCAGCUCUCUGUUCAUCUGCCGUUCAUCGGCUCCGCACACACCUUCCCUUCACCUGCUGGCUUGACAGUCCCUGCUGUGUCUGUGAUGCUGUCUGGAUUAGCUCACUCGGAGGGUCAUUACCGAGAAAUUGCCACCUUUUAGUUUCUCCUGUCCUAUUCACUGGGGAGGCUUGCUCCAUUGUGGUUGAGCAUCCACUGGGUUGUCUUGUGUUUGUAUCUAGCAGCUACUCAAAAAUGUGGGAUGCAUAUAAAGAGUUUCGAGAAAAAUAAGCUCAAAGCAUUAAACCUUCAUGUAAGAAAAGGUUUUUCUUGAAGUUAGUUUAAUUGUAGUGCACAUUGAAUAGGGCUCACUUUGGAAGAUUUUAUUUUCAAAUGCUUAGGAUGUUUUUUGGUUCAUUUCCUUCCUCUUAAUGUUUUUAAUAUGUAGGCAUUUCAGUACUCUGGCUUCUUGAGCUUAUUCUCAUUCUCAGUGGUUCCAGUCUCCUAAUCUGACAAUAAUCCAGCUUUUUGGUAUGUUAGGAAGAAUUUGUGCAAAAGGCUAAUGGUGCUAUUUGUUUGUAAUAAGAAAUUUAGAUUAAAGUGCUGGUGUGUAAUGUACAAAAGUGUAAAUAUUUUCAAAGUUAUAUUCUUUGUGCACUGUAGUCAAAACUUUUUCUGGAAAUCAGUAGAGUUAAGUAUCAGACUUUAUAAUAAAGCGUACUGUCGAUGCUUAGUGAAGGUAACCAGCCUCACUGACCCCACAGGUGGCAGAGGGAGGUGGCUUUCACAAGGCAAAAGAAGCUGACUUGUUGGGCACGUUAGCAGAACGUGGGAAUACAUGUCAAAAGCAGAUGUUGUUUCUGAACUGCUGGAAUCUGUCUGUGUAAAACCGAAGGCGGCUGCUCUAGAGAAGUGCAGUGUCCACUCUAUUAGCAGAGUCCUAGUGAGUCAGCUCACUACAAAGUACAGGUAAAUGGGAAAUAGGAAGUUGAGGUUGAUCCUCUGCCAGCAUUGCUAGGAACCUGUGAGCUUGACAGGUGAGGAAUAUUUACUUGCAGGCUGCAGUGGAUACACUGGAGUUACUGAUUCAAAAUCAAAUUGAAAGUAAAACUAAAGGGGGAAAAAAGCAAAGGGAAAUAAAGAAUUGCUGUAAUUAUUUCUGAAGUACUGUAUCAGGAGCAGAUGUUGAACAUUCAGUAGGAAUGAUAGAACUUGUUUUUCCAAGUAAUUAUGAAUUCCUAAAGUGUUCUACAUCUCCAGUAUAAAUGGACAGCACUUCCUGCUCCUUCUAGGAAACAGCUGAGGUCCUUGCUGUGGGAGACCUGGGCUGGAUGUGUGUGGAGACUGAUGCCAGCAAUGCAGGAGGUCAGGAUUCAGUGUCGGUGGGGCCAAACACCGACUGCGUCUGUUCCCCUCUGUUACCGAUGCCCAUUGCAGGGUGGAGUGCUUGGUGUGGCUCUGCUGGACCGGCCGUGCUCAGUGCUGGCUGUCAUACAGCACAGGUGCUGUACUGGGGCACCGAGGAGCUUGGGAAUAUCGGCGAAUGCAGCAUGUUUCUCCGUACGGGGAAUGUUAGAAACUCUUGUUCUGAGUCUCGCAGAGAAAGAACCAUGUAUGCCAUGGUACUUUGCAUUUGUGGUUAUUCCAAGUGGCCACCAGGGCUUGCUGACAUAGAAAGGAGCAUCUGUAGCUGGAGCAAUGUGAUUUAAGUGACAGAGUGGCUUCAGUGGACUGGAUUCUAGACGAAAAGAAAGAACAAAGGUUUUUGUGUAACCUCACAUGAAAACAGGUUUCUGUAUCCCCACCUGCCCCAAGAACAGCCGGUGUGGUUUGCUGGUGGCAGACGAGGUGUCCAGCUCCAAGCCCACUGCAGCCUGUGGAAAUGUUUUCUGUGAUUUCCAUGAACUCUGGCUGCAGAUUUUGUGGGGUUUUUAACCUUCAUGAUUAUACCACUACUGACUUUGAUACAUUUUAAGAUUUGCAGAAACUUUUUAUAGCUGGUUACUGUACUAAGCUUUGCUCUAACUGGGAGUGUCAGCAGAGAGGAAUGGACGUGGAUGUGACUGACUGUAUCCUUUACAUCAUUACAGUUGAACAUACCCUGCUGCCGCUUUCCUUCCUGCUAUGGAGGUGAACAAACCAACUCCAGCUAGAUUGUCCUUUCCAUCUUGGUGGCUGUUCUCAGAUUCCUGUGGCAGUCUUGUGAAUCAAGGCUCAGCAAACUCUCCAUACAUUUCCUUCCAGCUUUUGAUGUCUUUUCUGUCCAAAACAUUCCUAGUGAUGAAUUUUGUAACUGAAAGCAUAGGGAAGUUUGGGGCAGGGUUUCCUGAUGGUUGGAUACAGGGUGAGCUGCAGGGAUCCUAACUAGCAUGAGGGACUGACUACCUUGAGCUGAGCUGUGCCAGGCAUCUUGGCACAGCAGUAGCGAUCCCCAGGGGUGAAGAGAUGGGAUCCCAACAGCAGACCUGUACUGCUGCAGUUCUUUAGUGGUGGCUCCGUCCACACCAAUACCAAUGUCUUAAACACCGUCAUUUGUUUUGUGUUGAAAUCUAUUUUUCCUAGCAGGAUUGAUCUAGCAGAACUGAAAUUCUGUUUUUCCCCUUGCUUUUCCUUAAGGCCAUGCUGAGCGUUAAGGGAAGGUUUGGUCCUUUGUGGAGGACCUGCAGCAUUUUUACAGAGGUUCUCUUGUCCACUGCAGUGCGACAGGAAGCGCAUCUGCUUUCGCUGGUCAAUCUGACCGUGCGCGUGUAGGGACUUCCUGCAGCAGCUGCCCCAGAAUGUAAGAGUGGCCGAGUGACUACAGCCACCCCUGGAUAUGCUGGCUGAGGGCUCUGGUGCCACUGCCUGCCCACUUUUUUGGGUGGGAAAGGGAGCUUGCACAGGUCAGGCAGGAAUUGCCACAUUGGGAUGCACAUGAGCACCGUGGUGUUCUCCAAGGUCAAGCUAAUACUGGUGCAUGAGUGAUGUAUGUGGAGGAGGAAACCUCUGUGCUGGGGCUGCGAGGAUACACUCCCUCCAGAGCGCAGGGCGCUGCUGCUUCUGAUCUCACCACAUUUAGAUUUUCUGAUGGCUGUGAGAGUUUUUAUGGAUCCGUAUUACAAGCCAGCCAGUAAUUUUGGUACAUUUGCAAAAGCAUUCCUGGGGUUGUUUAACCAAACUUUUACUGGUCUUCCAAAACAUUGCUUUAAUUUGUGGCAAAAAGGGAAUGCAUUUUCUUUUUCUCUCAAGGAGCUGCUGUUCCAGUCACUGCACUCACUUUACUGCAGUUCUCGAAUUAUGUAUUGGAAUGAUUUGUUACAGAGAACUCUGGAUAUAUUUGUGCUGGAAACCCACCCUGUUAAGUUGAUAUUCGAAACAACUGUUUGUUUUUUCAAUGUUUCUGUUCUUGAUUUGACAUUCAUGCCAGGAUAACUGCAUUAUUUAAUCUGUAUUAACAAAUCUCCUGUAAUGCUGCAGUUUCACAUUUAUUUUCCUUACAGUUUGUAAUUAUCAUGGAAACAAUGUCACUGUUUUGCAUCUUAUGAGUUGUCUGGUCCAUAUUUCUAACUUACCUUCACUAACGGUAAUUUUUGGUUGUAUCAUUUGUUAGAAUAAAGACCAAAAUAUGAUUGAUAUGA